GUGGCGUACACUGACUUUACCUUGAAAGUAAGAACACAUUUGUUUCUAUUGCGUUUAGUGAUUAUAAAACUGGCGCAUCAGUUUUGGAUAUCGUAUCAUCCGCCUACUGGAGCUAAACACCCGUCCAGUGGGGAUGAAACCCCACCUAUACCGGAGGAAGAACUUGAACAGCAGAAAAUCGAACAUGAACGUCAAAUGCAAAAGGAAAAGGAGGUCCAAGCGAGAGAAGCCGAAGAAGUUCGACAAUUGGAUUUAGAAUUAUUACAUCAACGAGCUAUCGAAGCUGAGGAAGAACAGAAAAGAGAGAUAGCAGAGGCAGUGGAGGAGCUUCGUGGCAUGAACACUUCAUGGUCGCACCACCGACUCUGUGAUCUGCAGCGGCAAGCUGCCAGGUGGCGCCAUAGUCGCCCAUCAAUACCCGACACUACUAAACAUUACAGGAGUGUCCUGAAAAAAGCGUGCAGUGCCCAGCUUGCCAAGCCACAGUCCAGUCAAAGUAUCAGUGAAAGUGAUGGCAUCUUUAUCAAUCUAUCACGAUUAGGACCGUGUCGAGACCAGUCUCUAGAUAGCGAUGGAUGCUGCGAAAAUCCCAGAUGUACAACAGGCACGGAAGCCAGAACCUGGCGUGCUUCAGCCAGCGAUGUCAGCCCGAGGCCACGAACAGACCUUGUUCGAGCACCUUCGUGCCCAGGAUGUCGCGCCCCAAUCGCUUCCCUGGAUUGUAUGGAUGAUUUCAGUGCGAAUUCACAGCAAAUGUUGGAUCAAGCAGGUGAAAUGAACACAUCUAGACACAUGUCGACUUACAUGGGAAAUCACGCAGCCAUGCCUGCGGCGGUAACUCCUGGUCUACGUUAUAAGAAUUUGGGCAAAUCUGGUCUCAGGGUGCCUAAUAUUGGCCUAGGAAUUUGGAGUAUGCUCAAUGAAGAUUGUGCUGAAGACGUCAUCAUGACAGCUUUGGAAAACGGAAUUAAUUUAUUUGAUUUAUCUGAAGCACAUUACGCAAAAGGUGAAGCCGAACUUGGGCGAAUCCUGAAAAAAAGAAAUGUUAGACGAACCAGUAUUAUUAUUACUACUAAAAUUUAUUGGAGUACCAAGUUUCCUAAUAAUAAUAACAGGUCGGAUGAGAGAGGUUUAUCUCGUAAGCAUAUAGUCGAAAGUAUUAAGGCAUCGUUAGCGCGACUUCAAGUGGAAUACAUUGAUGUCGUACUCUUGCACAAAGUUGAUCCUGUUUGCCCGAUGGAAGAGAUUGUACGGACCAUGCAUUUUGCUAUCAAAAAUGGAUGGAUAAUGUAUUGGGGUACUGCGCGUUGGUCUCCCUCUGAGAUAAUGGAUGCAUAUACUAACUGCCGGCAAUUCAAUUGUAUAACCCCAAUUGUUGAACAGACAGAGUACCAUAUGUUUUGUCGAGAGAAAGCAGAAUUAUACAUGCCAGAAUUAUAUCACAAAAUUGGAGUUGGUAUGACUGCAUGGUCCGCCAUAACCACAGGCAGAGGACUAGGCCGUGAAGAGAUGACGGGCCUCUUCGCCAAGUCCCGCUUCAAUAGAAAAUAUAGCACUUUUAGUUGGUGCGAAGAGGAUCUUGCUGUGCCUGAAUUGGUGAGUUCAGAAAGCAAGGAGCACAUUGCCGGAGAAGAACCUCGUACAUACGGAGACAAACUACGCGAUCUCUCGAACCUCGCAAAUACACUAAAUUGUUCCCUGAGCCAACUGGCAGUGGCAUGGUGUCUGAAGAAUGAAUCUGUUAAUUGUUUACUGCUAGGAGCAAGCAGCGUCGAACAAUUCAGAGAAAAUAUUCACGCUCUGCAGAUCGUGCCGCAACUAUCACCUCCCGUAAUGAUGGAGAUUGAAAGACUAUUGGCUAACAAGCCACAGCGACCACCUAUGGUCUCCACACUCGCCAUGCGCAAUCAACAGAAUAACAACAACACGGUCCGAGUGGACAUGACUGGUGCCACAACAUCAGGCGCUGGAACACCAAAGCCUGAAGAUGAUAACGCUGUUGAAGGCGUGUCUACCCCCGGUAAGGAGUCCGGGAGAGGCUUUUGUGAUAUUCAGUGACCGUGGUGGCGCGGAAGCGCCGACACAGCUUCCAAAUCUAGUAAAUCAAAGGAAUCAGUUAAGGAUACGAAACCGAAAUUUUUCUUGAACAAUGCUGGAGAAGUCAUCAAACGUACAGAACAAGACGGGGUAUCAACGGACGUAGUGAUAUCGGUCUCAUCACUGAAAGGCAAGCAGCCUGCCACUGGUGGUAGCAAAGUGAAAAAGUCUAAAUCGGACACAGCUCGACCGAGAUCCUCUUCAUUGCAAAGAUCAACAUCAGGACAACUGUCCGCUGCUAGAGAUCGCAGGCGAUCUAGACUGGAUCUAGCUUCGCCAGGUGAUAUAUGAAUGAAAUUUGAAAGGUUCCAUGUUAACUAGUUAAUUCUAAUGCAGAAAACAGCAGUAUUAUAAAAAAGCAACAAUAGAAACACAAUUUAAACUAUGAAAGUAAAAUAUCUAUGAACUGCAUAACAUGGAGCGGCUUGAUGUGUUAUUCCUUGAUUGUCGUGACUUGAAAUUGUAAGGUCGAUCAUAAAACAAGCAUGAUCUUAUUUCUAAUGUGAAAUUAAUCAGUCAAUCAAAGAGGCUAAAAAUGAAAGUAAAACAGUCUUUGUGUAAAGUAAAUGUAACUUAGAGGGUAGUAUAACUUAUCUCCAAAUUUAGUGCAUGUCAGUUCUACGUAAAAUAGAUAGAGAUCAAUAAAUUAGAAUACAUCUAGUAGGUAGGAUCAAAGAGGUACUCGUAGCUAUCAAAGAGGUACACGUAUGUAGAUACUGGUCUUCCUACUUCCUUCAUAGUGGACUUCAAAGAUACUUAAAUUAACUUUUUAGAUGGUCUUUAAAAUUUAUUCAUCAUAGAAAUUUCCUAGUAGGUGAUGUACGAGGGGCAGUUUAUAAGUUUACGAUUUCAGAUGUAGUACUGUAUUGACUCAUCAGCUCAUUAUUGAUAAUUAGUGUUAUCAUAAUUGGGUGUAAAAACACAAACUGUGUAAAACUACACAGUUCUAUCAUUACGUACCUGGUUACCAACUUAUUAGCUUCCUCUGGUAUAUCCUUACUACUAAUCUCGGUCGACGUGGUGCGCGAAAGGAUUGAAAUGAUUCCUUUGAAUUACUAAAUUCAGAGGCUGAGUCUUUAAAAAAAAAAUUUAAUACUGCUUUCACUUAUCUGCAAAAAAUUUAAAGUUACUAUUUCUGGCUUAAACAUGAUUCAUAUUUGAUUAUAUAAAAAUUUGUUUAUUAAAUUUUUGAAACGAUGACCAUUACUACAAUUUGAAUAUAGUAGUGUAGUAAUGGGAACAUACAUCAUAUCUAUGAAAAUACUAUUCUAGAAAUGGUGGAUUCGUGGAUGAUACAAAAAAGGCCUACUUAAUUUAAUUAUACCUUGAUAAGUAUAAAUUUACCUAAAUAAAAUAAAGUUAUUCGCCUUCGUUUGAAAAUAAAUAAUUCCUUAACUAAUUAUUUAAUAAGCUGUUAGAAUUAAAAUAUGGUUCUAAUAAAAUUACUUGUUCAGCAAAAAAGUAUACUUAGAUUUAUGUCUAAAUUCUACUUAACACUUUUUACUUUUAGUCCAAUUUAAUAAGACUUCGAUACAAUAAUUCAACCAGCAGACUAGCGAAGAAGUUGGUUUAUAAUAAUUUAAUAAAUAUACUUGUAUUUAUACAAAAUCAAAGAAACACACUCUGGGAACUAGACUGGGGAUAUAUAAAAUAUCUGUAACGUUUUUUCUUAAUUUGACUGUGUUUUCGGGAAUAGUAACCUUAUUUGUAUCACGCACCUUAUCUACAAAUACCAUAUUACUACCUACUUGAAAAAAAUCCCUCAAAUCUAUAUAUCUUAUUUUCAUUUAGACACUCAUUUUGUAUGUCCAACGAAGUGUAGGGUCGCCAGCACAAUAGCUUGAUUUCAACAAAUACACUAGGUACCUAUUGUAAUCCUUUUGUCACCAAUGCUUCAAUGGCCACUUGCAAUAAUAGUGCUAGUUAUCUAGAAACUACUAACGAAACCCGUGUGUAGUCUUUAUGAACUUCGUACAAUAACAUUCAAUUAUUGUAACUAGAGCUAUUAUAUACAUUAAAAAAGAAUUAUUAUAUAUAUAUAUAAACCAUAAGAACCCACAGAAAUAUUUAUUUAUAUGUGGUUCCUUACUUCCUUUAGAUUCAAUUUUAUAGAUGUCUAUAAAUGUAAUUACUAAAUAAAUGUUCUUGAUGAUUGUUCUCAAUAAUAAUCAUUUCCUAUUACAAUCUGUGUACUAUUUAUUAAUGUAAGACUUAAUUAAAAGAUGAAAAUAUUAUUUACGUGUGCAAUAGUUAGUAGGUGUUAUAAUAUUUUUGCAGAGUCAAGUACCUGUUGUGAAAUAAAAUAUUUAUUUUUACAUUAAAUAAAUAUAUAAAUGUACAGCUAAUAUAUUAAAUUAACAUAAUAAUGUAUUUUUUUAUUCCGGGACGUCAAUCUGCAUAAAAGGAAACAAUUAUGUGUAUAUGAUUAUACACAUUAUAUUAACGGGAUAUUUAACAUGAAAUUAUUUAUGAGCUCACGAUAUUUCGCUGUGGUUACGAACGUCCUGGCCACGAAUUGAUGUGUAUAUAUAAUAUAUAUAUAAUUUUUAAGUAAUCCUUGUUCUAACUUAAUUAAUAAGUACAAUGAAAAAUACUAAUAGGUACCUGUAUAUUUACACAGGGGAUUUUCUUGUUAGUAACCUGUUCAUAUCAUUAAAUACAGGUUUUUCAAUGUUAAAUGUUGUCAAUAAAUAUUGCAUGUAUUAUUCAUUAUUAAUGUUUG